CAAACCUCAUACAAAUUAUUGGAUGAAAAAGUGGGGCUGUAUUCUGCUAUACCAUUUAAAUGACACCUGGGCACAUUCAAACCACAUUCAGAGGGCACACUCUACCUCCUAGCACACAGGCAAGUGCUUGUGUUUAAAGCCGUGGUCUAAAGCCUACUGAAAGACUCUGCCGCGGACUCUUCUACUGAAGAAAAAUCCAACAACCUCGGAGACGUGUACUACGUGAAGCAAGGCACUUUGGAAGACACAGAAUCAAAAUCAAUCAAGGGUUAACCUCAGAACUCUGGCCUGAUGGCAAAUUAUACUGUUCCUUCUCAACGUGGUGGGCAAAUUCCACUGAAGACUCAAGACCGAGACCAUCUGUCAUCCCUUGAUGUUGUGUGGGCCAAUAAAUAUGAGGGUGAAAUGAUCAAUCCUACAAAUGCCAUGCAGAUGGAAUUCGAGUUUUACAAAGGUGCCCCACCCCAAUGGCUGAACUUCUACUGGGCUGAACAAGAGAACUCCCCCUUUGUCAAGCGGGAUCUGUAUCAGGUACUACAAAGAAAGAUCAGUGAAACUAAAACUAAAAGAUCGAGCAUUGCUCAUAUUAACUUGUUCCAUGAACCAGGCAGUGGAGGGUCCACCCUGGCCAUGCAGGUACUAUGGGACCUGAGAAAAGAGCUCAGGUGUGCCAAAGUAAUAGAUUCCACAACAGACAGAAAGGCAAUUGCACAGCAAGUGCUGCGGUUAUUUAGAGCAGGUGGUUCAGAAAACCAAAAUACUGUUCUCCUUCUUCUAGACAAUAAGUACACAAGUGACGAUCCUUCAUUUCGAGAAAACCUUGAAGAAAACCUAUGUGAUGAAAUUAAGAUGAACAAUAUCACUACUACAAUCCCUGUGGUCAUCAUUUUAAACUGUCUCCGCCAGACAGACUUGACUGACAGAACAGAAAAUGUAAUACUGUCCUCAAGCCUUUCAGAGAAAGAGCAAGACAAUUUUAAGAGAAAACAGUCUGACAUCAUUCAAAUACAUGGAAACAGACAUACCCAACUUUAUGCCUUUAACAUUAUGCUGAGAAAUUACGAUCCAUCUUAUGUUACAGAGGUCUGCAGAAUUCUUCUGCCAUUAAAGAAAAAAAGGAGGUCCCGCAAAGAACAACUUCUGGCAUUUUUGGCACUGAUUAAUUCAUAUGUCCCCAGCUCUGAUCUCCCCCAUGAUCUUUGUCAGACGUUCAUUGAGAGGCAAGUUAAUAAGCUUGUCAAUUUAUCUUUGGAGCAAUAUAUGCAGCCCUUCACAGACUUUCUGGUCAUAUUCUCAAUGAAAGAAGAAGAGGACAGAAGUGAGAACACACGUGUACGAAUGGUACAUCCCAUGAUUGCUCAUGAAUGUCUAAGAUUGUUAGCUGAAGCUGGUGUAACCAGAAGUGACACUACAUUGAAGCUACUGACAGAACUGUGCGGAGAUGACAUGCCGCCAUGUUUGGUGAAAACUAUUAAAAAAUUACUCACAAAGCGAGAAUCUAGGCUGCAAGAACAGGAGAAAUUCUCCAGAGUGAGCCUAGAUCAAUUCUCCAAACUGAUCCUAGAUAUAAAACGAGAAGAAAAAACAUCCUUCUGUGUUGCAGUAUUGAAAAUGGCCUUGAAAAAAUUUACAGCAGAUCCAUUUUAUCCACAAGCUCUUGCCCGUUUCUAUUACAUUGAGAGGAAAGAUUAUGAAAAAGCUAAAUAUUGGGCUGAAAUGGCGAUUAUGAGGGAUGAAAGAAACUCUUUUAUCAGAGACACCCUUGGACAAGUGCAUAAAAACUGCCUAAAAAAUCUUGCCUGUAAUGAAGAACCCUUGAAAAACCCUGAAGCAUAUGCUAGAAGAAUCUUGCAUCAUGGAAAAAAAGCAACUGAGGCUUUUAAAGCUGAAGAAGAAGUUGCUGUGGCAGAGGAGGCACCAGAGUUGAAAGAGGAUGUCCUGAUAAACACAUCUACCAUCUUCAACAACCGGGGUAUCUUCGGCUACAUGCAAGUGGCAAAAAUAAUUUUUGACCGUCUCACAGGCUUUCACGAUGAAUGGGCCAAGGUACUUACAAAGGAAAUAUCCCCACACCGUUUUCUCAGCUCUUACGGAAGUGGUAAAUGUGAGAAGUAUAAGAGUCUCAUUACAAGUCUAAGAGAUGAAGUUGAAGAAAAGUUUGAAUUUUUUGAAUGGUAUCUCCUUUACUCAAAGCCAAGCAGCCACAAAGAUGAACCCAAAUACUUUAGGCCAGAAGUUGAUGCAUGCUACAAGAAAUUUGUAACACAAUCCAAACAGAACAAAUCAGCAUUUCAGAUCCUCAAGGAAAGAAAGGCCAGCACAUUUGCAGGAUUACUGCACACACAAGACCAAGACACUGAACUGGAACUGAUCACUGAACAAUGGAAAGAAAUUUACUUGCAUUCACAGAGUGAUGCCAAUAUUAUACAAAACUACAUUGCUGCAAAUGUCAUGUUAAGUCAAAGGAAUGGCACAUCCACAGCGCUCAGACCACUGGGAGAACUUCAGGAAAUGCUACACAAUCUCUGGACAGAACAGAAAGAUAGAAGAAGUCCAGAGUUCUACCUGUUGGUCCUUCUGCUUUUUUGGCCUGAUGAACAACAGGGCAGACACAACAGUCUGGACGUAUCUGAAUGUGUUAGAUACAUGCAUCAUUCCUUUGAAAGAACAUACAAAAAUUACCUACGCUCUCGUUACCUGGUUCCUCUCUUCUUCCUCACUGAAGACCACGGACUACGGAGAUUUAUCCAUAUAUCAUGCCUAGAGGAAACUUCAACUGACAUUCUUACCAAAGGACGUGAAAGAGCUGAAAUUCCGAAACUACGACGUGUGAGAGGAGAGGUGAGAAAUUAUAAGGUUUUUGCUGUAGAAGGAUCUGAGAAGAUUGAGGUUUCUCCCAAUCAUCCAGCCAGUGUGCGUGGUCAAGGAAAGGUUUCUUUCUACCUUGCCUUUAACAUCAAGGGACCUGUGGCUUACAACAUCAGAUAUGAGCAAUAAAGCUGAAGAUAAAUACAUUAGAUAUGAGUGUGAGCUCCAGUUAAACAGUAGGGUUCAAUGAAUACACAGAGAUUGGAUGAAUACUACCUUUAUGUAAGAUUAAUCUCCAUUAAGUAUGAAAGUAAAAACAGGAUUCUAAACUUUCUACAAAUAUAUCAUCACUGGUGUAGGGUCAAUUUAAUCAAUUUUACAUAAUAUAUUGGUUUUAGUAAUGUUCUUCAUAAUGGGUCAGCUUUUGCUGGACUACAGUGUCAACUACACAUGAUCUGAGACACUGCUUUUAUUUAAAUAUAUCUCUGAUGGGAUAUAGAAUUUGACUAACCUUCCGUAUCUUACUGCUAGAAAAGGCAAAUACGAUAAAAUAGUUUAUGGUUUAGUAUAAAUACAGUCUGGAACAUAUUACGAGUUGACAAGUGCAAACGUUAUGUAAAUAUUUACUCAGGGAACGUUCCUCGUAUUCAGACGCGGGUUAAGCUUAAGUCGACUUUCUGGGUGCGCCAUUCAGAUUAUACAAAAUACUUGUGCGUAGCUCCAAGAUAGCCAGAAUUUUCUUGAAUAAAGGUGUCCAAGAUAAAAUUUUUGCCCCAUGAGAGCAAUGUCUCCAAUUAUGAUGCUGUCUCCUUCAGUGUCCUCUGUGUGGGGAAAAAAAAGCACUUUUGUGCAGACUUUAAAAGGACAAUGCUAUUAAUUAAUUAAUAAUGUCAUAUUUGAGUGUACUUACAGGAUAAACCUUACAGUACAUUUCAGUGUGAUGCAUAAUGCUUACAUCACACUGUCUGGAUCAUUCAAGGUCAGAUUCAUUGGUAACUGAGACGCCUCCAUUUUUUGCACACGCAUAAGUCAACUCUGAAUCCUUCAUUCAGUAUUUAACUGCACACUUUGUCAUCCAUUUCCUGCACAUUCAUUACACGAAUAUAAUUUCUUCAUUUAUAUGUAUACGCUAAUACUAAAAGCAGUGACACCUACAUGAAAUGACAUGACUUUAGCUAACACAAUCCUUGUGUCUACGCAAUUAAUCAUAAAUGGUUUGGCAUCAAUAACUUGGGUACACCCAUUUGGGGAGUCAGCCAUUUUGCAACCAGACAUCACUAUUCUAAGCUAACCAGCAUGGCAGUCCAGCAAAACUACCUCUAGAUAAUGAGAUAAUAAUCAGGUUUACUGCUCAGACGGUAGCGAUGUACUGUGUAUAUAUAUAUUUUUUAUUUUUGUUAUUGUUGUUCUUUUGCUCUGUCAUCUGAAAUAUGCGAAUCUUAUUCUUAUUUCAAUAGAUAAGUAUGUACUAUUAGCAUGUUAAAGAGUCGGUGGAGGGUCUUAUGUGAAUGAUAGGAUUUUUUUUUUUUUUUGUUUUCAGAUUCCAUUGAGAGUUUAGAUAAAUUACUAUAUUCUUUGAAACAGUGCAUGCUAUUAAAUAUACUAUUGUAAUGAUGCAUUGUUAUAAAUAAAAAAAAUCACUUUUUGCCUCUAUAGUACACAGUUAUAGAAGGGAAUUUUUUUAUGGGAUUAUGGGAUCUAAAGGAUUCUUCCUCAUGUUGUGUUAGGGAGUUUUUCCUUGCCACCGUCACCUCUGGCUUGCUCAUUAGG